GGGCCAUCUAAGGGCCAGACCCCGCGAAGCGUAGCGCCUUGGCGCAAUCAUAAAGCUCUAUACUCUAUAUCCCCAACCGUACUAGCCCAUCUCGGGCACCUGCAACUGCUCGACGCUGCGAGCUCUCUCUCACUUGCCAUCGCCCUCCCGCCUCUGCUGCUCAAAUUGAGCAGUUUGCCCUCGCCACUAUGGCUUUGUGGCUCCAGCUCUCCCUGCUCCAGGCGCUGGCAGUGCUUUGUGGGACUGGCUUUCUCUACUUCUGUGCUGCUUUGUACCGAGCACGAUCAUCUUUCUAUCACAGUAAAGUCAAGAGGGGCCUGGUGAGUAGCGGCGGCCUUCUAUACUCUCCUGCACCACUCCACUAGCCGUCUCGCACAGCCCAUGCCUAAAUGGAAUCCUAUCUUCGGCCACCUCCUCGUUAUGGACAAGUCCUUCAAGACGCUCAAGAUGCCUCCGGACCUCGUAAAUCCGGACCGCUUCCAUGCUUUGUCAGAAGAGUUUGCGGCAUCCGACGGCCUGUACUACAUGGAUCUCUGGCCCUUCAUCAACCCAAUGCUGCUCACGUCCACCCCGAGCUAUGCCAUCCAGACCGCCCAGCGGAACGACCUCGAGAAGCCCGACGACCUGGUCAGCUUUCUGCAUCCCAUUGCGGGCGGCAACAGUGUCUUUACUGCCAAUGGCGAUGACUGGAAGCAUGGGCGCCACAUCUUCCAAACCGGCUUCAACUCGGCCUACAUCCUAGAUCAGGCGGAGCACGUAAUAGUAGAGGCCGAGGUAUUUGUCGAAAUCCUUGAAGAGCAUGCUUUAAAGGGAGACAUAUUCUGCCUGGACCAUGCCGCCAUUAAAUAUACUAUGGACAUUAGUGGCGCUCUUACGCUGAAUAAGCGGCUCCACGUCCAACGCAAUCCAGGCAAUCCACUUGCGUCUGCUAUGAGGCACACCAUUGGCUGGCACUACAUGGGCGAUCUACAAGGGGGUAACAUGAGCGGGCCAGCAGCGCUCCCUGCUAGCGCUUAUUGCCACCUCCAUUUGCCACGUAAUAACCUGUGCUUAUUCAGUAACUAAUACUUUGUUGGACCUCCAUCUGCAGCAAUUACAGCAAGGCAGCGCUCCCUCAUGUUGCCUGUAUACUUCUCGAAUUCUUCGGGCUCGAGCUUCUCCCAUUCCUCCUCAGCAUACUGCCUCACUUCCUCCUUUGUUGUAGGGAACCGGCGUUGUAUUCUCCCCUUCAAUAGCCUCCAGACAUUCUCAAUUGGAUUAAAAUCAGGGGAAUUCGCCGGCCAUUCCAUUACAAGCAU